UUUUUUUGCAGGUAUGAUGGAGGUGAAAGAGGGCAAUGGUUUCUUUGUUGGUGACUUGUGAAGCCUUUUUAUCUUCCUUUAUGCAAUGUCAACGUCCAGUGUUAGUAGCAAGGUUCUUUGAUAUAAAAUGUGCUGACUUCACAAUGGAGGCUUUUGUUAGAACUUUUCCAAGUGAAAUUGGAAGGACAUGUUCUGUGAAUUUUAACUGAGAAACUUCUUCCAUUAGCUAAGCUACUAAGUUCAAGCAGAAGUAGAUGUGCUGAGUGAAAGCAUGAAAAAAGGAAUUUGUCAAGCAAAGCAAACUGGCCUGGCUGGUAGACUGUAUGUUUCAUUGUUAACACUAGUUAACUUCAGGUGUCGAAAACGGCCUAAAAGGGAUGAAAAUAAUGCAGUUAAAGAUAGGAUCAGUAAUUUACCUGAUCAUGUUUUAUUAGACAACAUACUUUCAUACCUUCCAACAAAGGAUGUCGUUGCAACUAGUCUUUUGUCGAGGCGAUGGAGGCGGCUUUUCACCGGAGUAACACGUCUCGACUGUGACGACUCCCCUAUAUCACAUUGUGCGGAACAUCCACACUUGACCGAGCUUUUCCCUACUUUCAAGAUGUUUGUUGAUAACAUGUUGCAAGCAUGUCAGUCGACAAUUACUACCACAUUUAGGCUUCACUUGGCGAACACUAAUCUCGAUUGUAAUGUAGGGACUGUAGGCUAUUGUUAUGAUACUUGUUACCCCGAAUUCGAAGGGGUUAAGAAGCUCGAUAUUCAUAUUCGUGUAAGGGAGCCUGAUAAGCUGCCCUCGGCUAUCUUUAAUUGUCGAACACUAGAGGUGUUGAAGCUUGACGUGAAUCUUGAUCUUGAAGUGCCCUCGACUUUGUGUUUGCCUAACUUGAAAGAGUUGCAUAUCUCUGUAGUUUGCUUCCCGAUUGAUGACUCUUUGACAAGGCUCGUUUCGAGUUGUCCGUCUCUUGAGUACAUGACUCUAUGUGGUUCCUUGAGUCCUGUGAUUCCCAUCAGUAUUUCUUCACAUUCUCUUCGUACAUUGAAAUUGAAUACGUUUUUCUGUAGUAGUAUCUUAGGGAGCAAGCUUGUACUUGAUGUUCCGAAUUUAGAGUACUUAUGGUAUGUGGAUGAUUGUGCGCCGUGUUCUGAAAUUCAAAAAUUACAAUAGAUUGCAAGACCCCCUUGUAGAACAGUGCAAAGGACAUCGAUGUAAAAGACAAGAGAAUUCAUCAAUGUCGGAUCUCAUUCACGAUCGUAGUUUUGUCAAAUUAGAAUUUUAUUUGA